AUGUCAGAAAACAUCACCAACAGUUUCUUACAUCCCACAGAAUUUAUUCUGGUUGGAUUUUCUGGAAUUGAAGAUACACAAAAGUGGCUUUCCAUCCCUUUCUUUAUCAUGUACAUUACAGCAAUUACUGGAAACACAAUAACACUGUCAGUCAUCAUAACAGAACAAAGUCUCCAUCAACCCAUGUAUAUAUUUAUUUCUAUGUUAGCAGCUGUGGAUAUUUUACUUGUGAUUUCUACUUUAACAAAACUGUUGGGAAUAUUAUGGUUUAAUGCCAAGGCUAUAAUAUUUGAAGCAUGUGUUAUGCAAAUGUUUCUAAUACAUUGCUUAACAGCUCUGAAUUCAACUCUCCUUGUCAUAAUGUCAUUUGAUCGUUAUAUUGCAGUAUGUCACCCUUUCAUAUAUCCUUCAGUUGUUACAGGAAAAUUUAUAGCAGCAGCUGGAAUACUAGCACUUGUAAGAAGUGUAGGGUUCAUACUGCCAUUACCUUUCUUUGUAGUUUCAUUUCCCUAUUGUGCAACGAACACUCUUAGUCACUGUUACUGUGAAUAUUUUGCAAUUGCAAAUAUUUUCUGUGCAGAUAUUGCAGUAAGUACAGCUUACAUACAAAGUUUAUUUUUCCUAUUAACAAUGCCAGAUAAUUUUUUAGUUGGGUUGUCAUACAUAAUGAUAUUAAGAGUAAUAUUAAAAAUGAAAACUAAAGAAGCACGCCAAAAAGCAAUCAGUACAUCCAGUUCUCAUUUCCUUGUAGUUGUUAUAUUUCAUGUGUUUGCAAUAUUAUCCUAUCUGUUGUAUAGUUCUCCCCCUUAUCUCCGAAUCUUGGCAUCGGUGUUAUUCAUUGUUAUCCCUUCUACUUUGAAUCCGUUUAUAUAUAGUUUUAGAAUGAAGGAAAUACGUCUUAGGAUAACUAAGCUUUUUCACUUAUGGGCCUUUGCUACUGUAACAAAGUAG